AUGACAAGUUUUUAUGAUGAAGUAGAGAUUGAAGAUUUUGAAUUUGAGGAAGAAACAAAAACAUAUCAUUAUCCUUGUCCGUGUGGAGACCGUUUUGAAAUCACAUUGGAAGACUUAAUGGAUGGAGAAGACAUUGCACGAUGUCCAAGUUGUUCAUUGAUGGUUCGCGUAAUAUAUGAUUUAGUAAGUGUUAAAGAAUUUAAACCUGUCAGCUCAUAA